CCGCCCUCCCCGCCUCCGGCUCCGCGCCGCUUUGAAGCGGGCUCGGCGGCCGCUAGCCCGCCCAGAGCCGCCGGCGCCCCGCCAUGGUGCUGCCCGGGGAGCAGGCCCGGUUGUACCGGCCGCGGCCCGAGCUGCUGCCCGCGGCGCACGUCCCCUCGCUGCCUCACUACGAGCGCCUCUACCAGCGCUCCGUGGAGGAGCCGCACGAAUUCUGGGGUGACAUUGCUAAAGAGUUUUACUGGAAGAGCCCGCACACAGGACCCUUCCUGAAGUACAACUUCGAUGUGACAAAGGGGAAGAUCUUCAUCGAGUGGAUGAAAGGGGCGACCACCAACAUCUGCUACAACCUCCUGGACAGAAAUGUCAAUGAGAAGAAACUCGGGGACAAAAUUGCCUUUUACUGGGAAGGGAAUGAACCUGGGGAUUCUGCGAAAAUCACAUACAGUGAGUUGCUGCACAAAGUCUGUCAGUUCGCCAACGUCCUCCGCAGCCAAGGUGUGAAGAAAGGAGACCGAAUUUCCAUCUACUUGCCGAUGAUCCUGGAGCUGGUUGUAGCCAUGCUCGCCUGCGCCAGGAUCGGAGCUCUGCACUCCAUUGUGUUUGCAGGUUUCUCGGCAGACUCUCUUUGUGAGCGGAUUCUUGACUGUGGUUGUUCUCUCCUCAUCACGUCAGAUGCCUUUUAUCGAGGGGACAAGCUGAUCAACUUGAAGCAGAUUGCAGAUGAAGCCCUCCAGAAAUGUAAAGACAAGGGCUCCCCUUUGAAAAAGUGCAUCGUGGUGAAGCACCUGGGGAGAGAAGAGAUUGCGGUGGACGGGACGUGCAGCAAGUCUCCCCCUCUCAAAAGGCUCUGCCAGGAUGUACAGGAAAAAAAGACUGAGAGCUCACAGAGACUCCAUCCCAAGACCCCCUGGAACCCAGCCAUGGACAUGUGGUGGCACGAGCUGAUGAGCAGUGCCAGCACGGAGUGUGAGCCCGAGUGGUGCGACGCGGAGGACGAACUUUUCAUCCUCUACACAAGCGGCUCAACUGGGAAACCCAAGGGUGUGCUGCACACAGUGGGUGGAUACAUGGUUUUUGCUGCCACCUCAUUUAAAUACGUGUUUGAUUACCAACCUGAGGAUGUCUACUGGUGCACAGCUGACAUUGGAUGGAUAACAGGCCAUUCCUACCUCACUUAUGGACCCUUGGCAAACGGGGCAACUAGUGUACUCUUUGAAGGUGUCCCCACCUACCCGGACGUUGGGCGAAUGUGGAGCGUCAUUGACAAGUACAAGGUGACCAAGUUCUACACAGCACCCACAGCCAUCCGGCUGCUGAUGAAGCACGGGGAUGAGCCUGUCAAAAAGCACAGCAGGAAGUCUCUGAAGGUGCUGGGGAGCGUUGGCGAGCCCAUCAACCCUGAAGCCUGGCUGUGGUACUACCGCGUGGUCGGAGAGGAGAGGUGUCCCAUUGUGGACACAUUCUGGCAGACGGAGACGGGUGGCCACAUGCUGACACCCCUUCCUGCCGCCACCCCCAUGAAGCCAGGCUCUGCUACGUUCCCCUUCUUCGGUGUGGUUCCUGCCAUCUUGAACGAGUCGGGGGAAGAGCUGGAAGGAGAAGCAGAAGGCUACCUGGUAUUUAAGCAGCCCUGGCCAGGGAUAAUGCGCACGCUGUAUGGAAACCACCAGCAGUUUGAAACCACGUACUUCAAGAAGUUCCCCGGGUACUACGUGACAGGCGAUGGUUGCAGGAGAGAUAAAGAUGGUUAUUACUGGAUCACAGGGCGAAUUGAUGACAUGUUGAAUGUUUCUGGCCACUUGCUGAGCACUGCGGAGGUGGAGUCAGCCUUGCUGGAGCACGCUGCCAUCUCGGAGGCCGCGGUGGUCAGCCACCCACACCCCCUGAAAGGCGAGUGCCUCUACUGCUUCGUGACCCUGAGAGAUGGCCAUGAGUUCACCAAGAACCUGACGGACGAGCUGAAAAAGCAAGUUAGAGAAAAGAUCGGACCGAUAGCAACGCCUGAUUACAUCCAGUAUGCCCCUAGCCUGCCCAAAACCCGCUCAGGAAAGAUUACCAGACGGAUAUUAAGGAAGAUUGCAAAAAAUGACCAAGAUCUUGGGGACAUCUCCACCUUGGCAAACCCGGGCAUCAUAAAACAUCUUUUCAGCAGCAGAUGUGACACAAAACAGUAGCUGCGUGGCCUGUCCCUGCUGAGCAGAACUGUAGCAGCAGCACUGUCCUGAUGAGCAGGUCCCUUGAAUAACCGCUGUUUGCCCUGGGCAGGAAACCUUCGCCUGUUGAAUUGAAUGUACAAAUGUUCUGAACAUGAACGAGGGGAAGGCUGGCUCUGGAGGGGCCGCGCCUCUCCCCUGUGCCCAUGCCUGGGAGGAGCGUGCGCAUCGUGUUCCAGAAGGGUAUUGUACACCUGAGGUUCAGCCUCGUGCACAGAGGGACUCCUCCUCUCUUUUCAGCACCUCGUUCUUGAUUUUUAAUUUUAUUUUGGGGGCGGGGGGGGGUUGGGGGGGGUGUUAAUUAACUUUAUGUAAUUGAGGGGCCCUGGCAUCUUGCGCACAGUGGGGAGGAACUGCGAGGGUUGGAGGAGAAGUGGUGCUGGAGUUACUCAGUGCAGGGGGGGAAGGGAGGUGCACCUGCCCCUGCCCACACGCCAGCUAAGCUUUCUUCAGGUGGAGCACUGCAAGCUGCGGGAGAGCUGAAAAACACUCUCGCAUCAUCGCUGUUUAGCUGAGUUUGUCUCGUAUCCGCCGUCCAAGCCUGUUGUUAGCAGAGGUCCCCGAGCCUGAAAGAGGAACGGGGCAAGGCUCAAGGGAGCUCUGUGCUUUAAACACGGGGGGGUUUAGAGAAAUUUGGUACCAAGAUCAGCUCCUUCCUAGCUGCAUGGGGCCAGCUGGCGUGUGUGCCCCAGUCCCGAGUCCUUCCCUGGCCACGGACACGAGAGGGAGCCAGGAUGGUCAGAGCGCCGCUCCCACCCGCUCUGCUGCCUCCAGCCCACGGCAGAACUCGGAGGCUGCGCGGCUGGAUGCUCCUUUCGUGUCCUGGGGUAGGAGCGGGCACUGUCGAUACCAAAGGAGGGAGGGGAAACAAAACCACGCAGGGGCACCUUUCCCAGCGCAGGCGAACCACGUGCUGGGUUACAGUGCACCAGGACCAUUGCUACAGCAAAGAAAUGAAGGCAGGCAGGGCUGUGUUGGUCCUAGAUGGUGUUUUCUCAUCAGGAAAACAGUGGUGGAAGAUGUUCAAAGUUAGCUUUUGCUUAAAUCUCACAUAGCUUUAUGAUGAUGAGAGGAAAAAAAAAACAACCCCAAACCUCUAGCCCAAGAGCCUGAACAUCACAAGGGUAUUGCCAAAGCCAUUCUUCAGAUAAAUUACAUUUAACUCCAGUGCUGGGUUGAGCUGGGAGAGUUGCCUCCUUUGUAAUGUCUGUAUGAAAAUUGCAUGUGAACUGUUUGAUUUUGCACUUAAACCAAAGGAGAAAUGGGCUUUAAAACCGACUGCGAGAGCUGUUUUGGUGAGUGCCAACAUCCAGGCUUUCCCGCCUGGGCUGGGCAGGUUGAGGCAGCUGCCUCUGAGGCUGGUUGCUCAGGGUGGGUGUUGGGGGGUGCUCUGGGGGGCUGUUGUCCAAGUCCCAAGUCUCACUUCUUACCUGCUGCUCUCACUGGCACAGCAUCUCCCUGUGAUCUCUAACCUCAGCACCUGCCGGUAUCCCACGUGCCCCCCUGGCUCCGUACCACCGGAUUGUGCCACCUCCUUGACGAUUCCUGCAUCAUCUCUCCUCCUCUGUUACUCUUUGCUAUGUAAUUUUGGCUGGAAACAGCUAGAAUUUUAUGCAAAAUGAAAUAAAAUUCAAGGAAAUAAAA